AUGACGAUGCUGGCACUGGUGGCCACGAUGUUCAUUCUCCAGACGGCUUCGUCGUUAGCAACACAACAAUUCCAUCCUGCAUACAACGUAUUUCUCCAGAACCCCAGUCGAUCUCAUGUGUUCGCUGCGCCAUUUCCCAACAAUGGAAUCCAGGAUGGACCGCAACCCAUUCCGUCUUCUGUUUAUGGGGGCAGCAGUUACUUUGGCAAUAACUUAGGCAGCUUUGGUGCUGCCCCCGCCAUUGCUCAAGAUAGUUCCACUUUAGGAUGUGGAACUCCACCAGCAACAUGUCCAAACUCCAAAUACAGAUCUUACGAUGGGUCCUGUAAUAAUUUGAGAAACCCUGUCUUGGGAACUCCGAACACUAGAUAUGCCAGAUUAUUGCCAGCAAAUUAUGGAGAUGGCAUUAGUACACCAACUUUAUCACGAAGUGGAAAUGACCUACCGCUAUCCAGAUCGGUGAGUCUUAUCAUGUAUCCUGAUGUACAAAUAGAAGACCCAAUAUGGACGUUGAAUGCGAUGCAGUAUGGCCAAAUCAUCACGCACGAUAUGAGUAUGAUUGCUGGAAGUACCCAAGCACAGCCACACCAGACUAAAUGUUGCUCACCAGAUGGCCAAUUGCUACAGUUUGCUAAUAUUCCAGAGCAUUGCUAUCCGAUUGUAUUACCGAAUAAUGAUCCAUCUCAUGCUCAAUCGAAUGCCAGAUGUAUGAAUUUUGUGAGAACGAUUACAGAUCGUGACAGGGGAUGCGUAGGGGGAUCUCAACCAGCAGAACAGUUGACGGCUGUGAAUCAUUACCUGGACCUUUCAAUCGUAUAUGGGAACAACGAUCAAGUAAACCAACAAGUAAGACAAUUCCAAGGAGGUCGACUCAGGGUGGAUGUGAGAGGAGGACAAGAAUGGCCACCGAGGUCUCUGAAUGCUUCAGGAAUCUGCACAAUUCAGAGCCCUCAAGAGGCUUGUUAUCUAGCAGGAGAUGCCAGGGUCAACCAAAACCCCCAGCUCACACUCCUCCAAAUCGUCUUGUUGAGAGAACACAAUAGAUUAGCAGAUACUUUGGCCAAACUGAAUCCUCACUGGGACGACGAAACAAUUUUCCAAGAAGCAAGAAAGAUUAACAUAGCUCAGCAUCAGUUCAUCAGUUACUACGAGUGGUUGCCGAUCUUCAUUGGUCUGGAGAAUUCUGUGAAGAAUCAGAUUCUUUAUCAAACCAGAGAUUUCGUGAAUGACUACGAAGAAAGUGUGGAUCCCACCAUUUUGAAUGAACAUGCUACCGCUGCAUUCAGAUUCUUCCACUCCUUGAUCGCUGGAAAUCUAGAUUUGGUUACUGAGAAGAGGACAAGUUACGGUAGUUUGAGGCUGAGUGAUUGGUUCAACCGACCCCAAAUUCUGGAAGAAGGAAAUAAUUUCGAUGAACUCGCAAGAGGCCUCAACACUCAACCUCAGCUGGGAUCAGAUGUUUACCAUGACAGUGAGAUAACGCAGUUCCUGUUCAGAGCUGGACAACCAUUCGGUUCAGAUCUGAAGUCCUUCGACGUGCAGAGGAAUAGAGACCACGGUUUAGCUUCAUACAAUGACUACAGACAAUUCUGUGGGCUGCCCAAAGCACAUACCUUCCAAGAUUUCCUAGAUGUUAUAAGUCAAAAGAAUGUCGAGAAAUUGAUGGGUUUGUACGAAGGUCCGGAAGACGUCGAUCUGACCGUCGGCGGCACAUUGGAGACCCUGGUACCUGGAACGUUGGCUGGACCGACAUUCUUGUGCAUCCUCACCGAACAGUUCUACAGGACUAGAAAGGGAGACAGGUUCUUCUUCGAGAACCAGGGUGAUACUGGCUUCACUCUGAAACAGCUCAACGAAAUUCGAAAGACCAGUAUUUCGAGAUUGCUCUGUGAUAAUUCUUACAACGUGAGGGCAAUGCAACCCAAAGGAUUCGAAAGGAUUUCGCAUAGGAAUGCCAUUGUACCGUGCGAAGCAUUACCAGCUGUCGAUCUUUCGUUGUGGAAGGAUAUCCAAGGAGGUGGUAUAGUUUCAGAUCAGUACCAUUUGUCUCCUCAAUUUUUCUUCAAGAAAUAAUUUUUCAAGAAUUCUUCUCGAAUCAACAAAUAUUGAUGGUGCUAGUGAUCGUCGAAUAUAUGAGAAUAUUGUAUAAAUCCCCCUAAAUCUCUUCAUCAGAUUUCUAAACACG